GCUAUAAAGCGAUCUAGUUUCGUCGAAACGCGCGUCGUACGCGUAUCGCGCAGCAGUCAAACGAAUAUGACUAGUCUGCUACGACUAGUUCAGUGCAUCAAUAUGAGGACUGGAUCCGUACUGCAAUUGGCGUUGCUACUGGCGUUACUAUUGGCUGGACCGUCAGAAGAGUUUUUCUUUGAGUAUCCUAGGAAGGCAUUGAUGGAGUUCUUCCAGUCGUUGAAGACGAAGAAGCAACCGGCUAAAAUGAACGUACAGCACUAUCAUGUACAUUAUUACCCGAUGCCGGUCCCCCUGUUAGCUUGGACCGGAGCACCGGAGAAACGGGAUCUAGACAAACUUUACAGCGAUACCAUCAGAUCGUUCGGAUGGGCUGAUUACCAAUAUAAGUUUGCACCCGAUCCCCUGCUGAUCAUAUCGUCGCGAUUACAACAGCUGUCAGACAAUCCUAGUUCUUGGAAUCAGGACAUCCUAGAAUCCGAGGAUGUGCAAACAUCUAUCGAUCGCAACAUAAAAGGAAUACUGCUGCAAGUUCCUGUCAAUCAACAGAUCGUGUUGAAGUUGUUGAAGAAAUCGCGGAAGGAAGCGACGACCUAAGAUCGUCUUUUACGUCUCAAUCGGCGAUCAACCUGACCUGUCGCAUCGAAACCGCCUUAAUUUUAUAGGCUAUGUAAUAUAAAACGAACAUCUGAACGCUCGUCCGACAUGCGAGUUUACCUUUGAUCCAUUUAUUUAUUACGAAAACGUGCUGAAUAUUAGACUUUCCAAAGUACACACACACACACACACGCAUGCACCAGAGAAAGAGAGAGAGAGA